AUGAAUCAAGAAGUGUUAUCAACAGAUCGAAAUCCAUUCAAACCUUUACCAUGCAUUUUUAAGUCCCUCUUAUACAAUCCAUUAUUUAGUGAUUUCACUCUGUUUUUACCAAACGCACCUCCAGGAAAAAAGCAAUAUAUUCCUGUUCAUCGCUUUAUCUUCGACGUUCGCUGCUCGUUUUUCCAUGUAUUUUUCGAGAGAAUGCCGAAUGAAAAGACCUUAACUCUUUGUUUUCCACAAUGGGCAGCACCAGACGUUUUUACAGUCAUUGAAUACAUAUAUACAUCAGAGCCAAUCAAUAUUACGAACGAAAACAUCGCUGCUAUCGCGUUUAUUUCAUUAAUUUGGGAUUGCAGUGAAUUAAUUAAAUUAGCAACUGAUUUUAUCAUUCAUAAAAUAGAUCCAAAAUACUCUCUUGAUACUCUCAACAAACUUUGUAAUAUCAUUAAGCAUGAUGCACCUGCUAUUCAAAAACUUUUGAAUAUGGUCGUUAAUAACAUCGCAAUUUUUAAUCCAGAUGAUUUCAACGAGCUUCAGUUCGAUCUCUUCGAGUCAAUAAUUAAUACCGUUUACUCCAAAAGACCAGAAGAUAUUGCUGCAGAAGCUUUAUGUAAUUGCAUCGAACACUACUUCAUUGCCAACGUUGACAAGCUCGGCAAAGAUGAAUUUCGCGUUUUAGUACAAAGAUUUAUGAUGAAAACUUAUCAUAAUGGCGUAAUUACAUUGUAUAAACAUGCUAUUCGCCUUAAUUGGUCAAUUGCUCAUUGCGAAGCUAAGAUUCUCCACUCGUGGCUUCACUUAGAUCAGAACAAACUUGCUACAAUUCCUGUAGAUCGCUUAGCCGUGAUUUUGAACGAGAAUUAUCUUAAUUGCGGUAGCGAAGAUGAACUUUUCAAGUUUAUUCUAUUAGUACAUGAGGUACAACCCACUGCUGACCUUACUCCAAUAUGGAAAUGCCUUCGUGUUCCAGCAUUAACCGAAGAAUGCAAAGAAAAAUUAAAAGAAUGCGGAAUUGCACCUCAAUUCGUCAUCGACGCAAUUAACAGUGCAGGUCGUUACAUUGAUUUCCGUCGUUUGCCAAGAGCAAGGACACAUUGUUUGAUUAUCGGAGCUGCUGACAACUGGGCGCUUGAAGAUCUCAAGGAAUUUAUGGGAUUCGCAGGUUUCAACCCCAAAAACAUCACUGCAAUGCGCGCAGCUCCAGAUAUGGAUGCAGAUUUUUACAAAUUCCACGCAAUCCUUGUAUUUGGCUUCUAUAAAUUCCCACCGAGCCUUUCUAGUAAGAUAGCUACAUACGUUUCCGACGGUGGUGGCCUUGUCGUCGCUUUCGGAGCUCAUAGAAAUGAUGAUUUCGGAAUUGGCGAACCAAUACUCUCAAUGCUCCCAAUUGAGGCAUUUAGACAAGAAAUCGCAGAGGUUUGCUACGUUCGCGCUCCAACGGACUCGAAUUUCAACGAUGGAGUAGAUAUUGCAAGUGAAGAGAAAGAACAGAUCUUUACUGGCUGCAAGAACAUGAGAAUGCUCUUCUCCGUUAAAGAAGGAGCCAGCGUUAUCUCAAGUUGGGAUGAUGGAGUUCCUUUUGUUGUUAUUCAGAACAGAACAGAAAAGCAUGGGACAAUAAUUGUAUUUAAUGCAAGUCCGGUCUCAAAUGAGAUAUUCCCUGAACAAUGGAGUAAACAUGACAAGACAAUGGCAAGAAUUUUGUCGAAUUGCAUCAUCACGGCUUCCAACAAGGUUUUUUCAAAGGCUUCGAAGGACUGA